AUGGCAACAGGCGCUUACAAUAGUUCGCCGGCAUCGGUGUCGUCCUCUGCCGCUACCGAAACCCACGAUGACAACGAAAAGUACAGAAGCAGCUACGAGGGUUCAGACAACGACCUUGCAUCACAACACACCGCCGUCGAAGACCGCGAUGGCCACGAGGAGGAGGGGCUCUUGGAAAAGGACGAGAACAUGCAGUCUACCCAGGUAUCCGACAAAGAGAGCGGCGGCAUGACGAAAGCCGUCAUCUGGAUGAUCAUCAACACUCUGGCGACUAUAGGCAUUGUCUUUACCAACAAGGCCAUCUUCUCGGAUCCGUCCUUGAAGCUCGCACAGCUCAGCUUUGCUGCCUUCCAUUUCGCCAUCACAUGGCUGACGCUCUUCGUUCUGUCCCGGCCUCAGCUCGCCUUCUUUGUCCCGCGACGAACCACCAUUCGCGAGAUCAUUCCGCUUGCGAUUUCCAUGUCUCUGAACGUCAUUCUGCCAAACCUCUCGUUGGCAUUCUCCAGUGUGACCUUUUACCAGGUCGCGCGCAUUCUGCUCACUCCCACAGUUGCACUGAUGAACUAUGUUCUCUACAAGGCGACCCUGCCUCGGGAUGCGCUUUUGGCUCUCAUCCCGGCUUGUCUUGGCGUCGGCAUGGUCUCCUAUUACGACUCUCUCCCAUCUAGUGACGCCAGCGUCAAGACAACAUCAGGACUGGGUGUAGCAUUUGCCUUUUCCGGCAUAUUUGCGUCUUCCCUGUACACGGUUUGGAUAGCUAGCUAUCACCGCAAGCUACAGAUGACAAGCAUGCAACUUCUCUUCAACCAGGCACCGGUCUCGGCCUUCUUACUGCUUUACGUCAUUCCGUUUGUUGAUACGUUCCCGGUGUGGUCCGAAGUACCAUUCAACCGAUGGGUCAUGAUCCUCAUGUCUGGCGUUUUCGCCUCUCUUAUCAACAUUUCCCAGUUCUUCAUCAUUGCCAAAACUGGUCCAGUCUCAAGUACCGUAGUCGGCCAUUUGAAGACGUGCACUAUUGUUGCGCUCGGCUGGGCUACGUCGGGUCGAUCAGUAGGAGACAAGUCCGUCUUGGGAGUUUUUGUUGCAAUUGGGGGUAUCGUAGCCUAUUCAAUCGUGAUGAUUCGGCACAAGGCUCGCGGUGGGGGCAAGGCUUGA